CAGUCGCUUCGCGCGCCUCGUGCUGUAUGUGUGCUCGUUGCAUCAGUUCUUCCCAGCCCUCUCAACGCUCCGGUACGUUCGCGAUUGAACGCAGCGACUCCCACGCUCGUGCGUCGAUCCACGUCUCGUUUGGUUUUCCGUGAACAAUUUUAUUUAACGAAUAAGAAACGUGUAGUCUUCGAUCGACAGUGGUUUCUCUGUUAAGUACGUUCUGAAUUUGCGGAGUUUCGUUUGCUGUUCUUACCAGUUCCCGGCUCGGCCCGCUGAGGUCCUGCCGAGACCUGCAGGGACGGAGGAGAAUCAAUCGGUUUCCGAUCCCGAAAACGACCUACUCGAGAUCGCGAAAGUGGAUCGACCACGUCGCGAUCCGGUUUCGGAAAGUACGGAAAAAUAUGAGCAUCUCGUGAAGUCGGUCAAAGUGCAGCUUUCAGACAUCGAAGGAAUAUCACCUGUACCAUGGAGACCGAAGAACUCACUAGACUCGUAGACGAGAUCUACAAGAACAUCCUGGACAAGUUCAACCCGGGAGCGAGGCAGCUGAUCAAUGCCGGGAAGGCGUAUUUGAAAGCUCUCCAUGGAGCCGCAGCCGCGUCCCGGGUCUACGUGGACGCGUUGUCUCGAUUAGCACGCCAGGCACAACUGGGUACAUGGGGCGGUUCCAAGGACGUCGGAUUCGCGCUGAUGAGGAUCGUCGAGGUCUAUAAGGAGAUACAAGAACAGGAAAUGAACAUCCUGAAAGCGUUCUACGUCGACCUACUGGUUCCCCUCGAGACGAACCUGGAGAAAGACACCAAGGUCGUGCAGAGCGAGCAGAAGAAGUUUCUCCAACAGCACAAGACCAGGUCCGAAACUUAUAGUAAGGCAGCGGCGACGAUGAAGAAGCAGAGGAAGAAGUCGAGGGGCGCCAGCAAGAGUGGUCUCGGCAUGGAGAAAGAGCUGAAGAACAUGCAGAUCCUCGAGGAGGAGAAGUCCAAGCUGGACGCCUUUUGCGAGCAGAGUUUGAAGAACGCUAUGACUCAGGAACGAAGAAGGUACGGCUUCGUUCUCGAGCGACAAUGCUCACUGGCGAAACAUUAUGCGAGUUUUCACGAGGUCGCGCUGGCGGCUCUUCAUCCCUCGGUCGACAAAUGGCGCGAGGUGGCUGCUACCAGGGAGUAUCUGCCCCAAUCCGUCCAAGACAUGUUCGCCUCCAGGCUCAGGCAAGUUUCGUUCUGGCCGGAGGAUGAAGAGAACGGUGGUUCGGAGCUUACCAUGAGCUCGCAAUUGAGGAAGACCAGGAGCAUGGACAGCUCUUGCCUGGAACUUCGACCAGGACCGCCUUCCGGAAACGUGCCAAACAGUUCUUAUCAAGGCCCAGCUUCGCAUCUCUCGUCCGCUCUGUCCAGAGCAAGAUCGGAAGCCAAUCUUCAUGCUUCGACAUUGUCACUGGAUCCGGAGGUACCGGAAACCCCGCCGAGACCCAGGUCCAUGGCGCCUCCGGCGUCACGCAACAGCGGCAGCGGAGGCGCCGGGAGCGGCAGCGGCGGCGGUGGCACGGGGACCGGCACCAGCGGCUGGGGCGACGCACCCCUCGCGAGGGCUCUCUUCGCCUAUUUGAGCUCCGGGGAAAAUCAGCUGAGUUUCCUCGAGGGCGAUCUCAUCGCGUUGAUGGGCGAUCGUCAGAAGGGCUGGCAGUUCGGGGAGAAUCUGCGCACACAAAGUUCCGGAUGGUUCCCGCUGGCGUAUACGGAAAUUAUUAUCGACGAUAGUCUGGGAUCGCCGAGCCACGGAACGAACAACGGUCGGGCGACGGAGCCACAGGCGGUUCCACCCUGCAAGCCGCCACCCUCUCGACCACCCGUGACGCCCACCACCGACGAGGCUUCGAGUGGAUUCCACAGGAUGGGAAACAACAACGUCAGUAACAAUAACGCCGGCACGCCGACCAACGUGCCGAACAGCAACAGUUCUCACAAUCUAGCGACGCCCACCGCGCGUCAGUCUAAACCGAUCCGUCCAUCGGGCACGUUGCCCACGGUGUUGGCCGGCGGCCGGAGGAUACAGCCACCUGCACCCCCGGUGCCACCCCCGCAGGUCGUGACGUCGCUGCACAGCAGCAACGACAGCGGCUUCUCGAACGAAGCACCCGCGCAGCCCGACAUCGACUACAGCGACGACGAGGCGAUGAGACAACGGCGAAGAAAGCCGCGAGCCGACAGAAUAACCGAGGGAGUGAAGCAGCAGCGGCACAAGGAGGAUGAGUCGAGGUCGAAGGACUGGGAGAACGAUUCUUGGAAGACGAUACCGCGGGACGAGAAGAGCUGGCACCUCUAUCGUACGGCUAUGGACAUCUGGGCGGAGUCGAACACGAAUCAGGGCAACGAAAACGGCGACGCGAGGUACUCGAGCCGUCGCUACGACGGCCAGGACCGCAAGAACGGCCGCGAGUUCUCGGACCGCGGUACCAUGGAGAAUGGCCAGGCGAGGAGAUCUGGGAAAAAGUCGCAAGAGCGGCCAUCGCAGAAGAACGAGUACGAAAGUCGCGAUCGUGGCUCGAAUCGCAGGAGCACCGAAGAGCGGUCCGGGCGCAAAACAAACAGGAGGAACGAGCAGAGCGACCAGGAACGAAACCGGGAGUCGAAGAGAGCGAAAGAACGAGUGGAGACUACCGAGGAGGACGAGAUCGAGUUGGAAGAAGAGGAAGAGGACGAGGACUACGACUCGAGGCUCGACUACGAGAAGUACGACGGGAAGAAGUACUGCUCGGACAGGACCGACGGCCAGGAACGCGGUUCGAGACGCGAUCAUCGUUCGCUGACGCGGGAGGAAGCGAAGUAUGAGAACGAGAAGUCGUCCUCGGCCUCCUCGUCCGGCACUGACGACGAGAGCACCGUCACGAUCCCGGAGACAGGCAGGAAGGUGGAGCACAUAGCACAGAAACUGGAGCAGACAGCUCAGAAGUACGCGCGCGAGCACAGCCCGCCGAAGUUCGUCGAGCGCAGGAACGAUUACAGGAGUCUAGAGCGCAGGGAGGAGAAGCAGCCUCCUCCUCCGUACGAGAGAUACGACGAUCGCAACGAAAGGAACCGCGCUCCGCAGAGAUUCGACCGCGAGAGGGAUCGGUGUCUGGAGAAAUCUGCUCGGAGGACGUCUACGUACGAGAGGGAGAGGACCUUCGAGAAGAACCCGGACAGGAACAGAAACGUGGAACGGGCGUCGAGCCGCCGGUUCGAGAGACCGAGGCCGCCGUCCGAGGAAGCACCCGAGAGGCCGACGGAGGCCAGAAACCCGUACAGGGAGCGCAGGUAUUCGGACAAGGAAGAGGCGAUUUACGGGGAGACCAGAUAUGUGAGGGAGAACGUGACCGUGGACAAGGAGCGUGGCUACGAGUCGAACUUCGAGACCAAAUUGGAGAGAACGAAGGUGAUCGAGAGGCACGGCUACCAGAACCUCGGACAGAGCGAGCUGCAGAAGUACCAACGUAACGGGCCGCAGUGCUCGGAGAAGAACGACACCAACAACAACACGCUGAAGGACGACGACGGGAAGCCGCUGUUGUCCAGACAGGCGAUGGCGAUGGGUCACUCGAUCCGAACCGGCCGUGCCCUCGACGUCGACGCCAAGAGUCCGAAACUUGUGAAGAGAACCAAGUCUUUCUGGAGGUUCAGGAGGGACUCGGACGUUCUGGAAGGCAUGGCGCUCUGGCAGCACAGAUCGCUCGUCGACAUUCCCAAGACGAUCAAACGGGAAGCAAAGGAGGACGAGAACGCCGAGGACAAGAAGCAAAACACGGAAGACGUUCCCGGUUCGCGGCAGAGUCUGGAGAAGAGAAACAGCGACGUGACGAUCACGAACGAGUCGCAUCACGAAGACCCUAAGCCCGCCGAGAGGAUCCACGUGCCCGAGAAAUCGGAUUACUUCGAGGACUUCCCCACGCCGGCCGAGAGGCCCAAAACCGUCGAGAGAUCCGAUCAUCGCGUGCACCAAGAGGAGAGGUCUUACUUCGUGGGCAACGUGUCGCGAAAGGCCAUCCUCGAAAAGGAACGUAAACGCAGCAUGGAAGCUAAGCGGAACAUGAUCGUGGCCGAGCUUAAGGAGAACAACGAGGCCAAGAGGAACGAGAGGAGAAAGAAGUACACCGACGACGAGGACGGUUUGACGCAGAACUUCACCGAGACGGAGGCGUCCGACGAGGAGUCGACGUACAGCUGCAUCGUGGUCAAGGAUCAAACGGUCGCGGAAAAGACCCUCCUGCCCAGGACUAAACUCCGCAGGGACUCGGAUCGGGAUAAGAACACUUGCGGUCCGUGGUACGAUCUCUGGGGAGUGGACGCGUCCGUGAACAAGAAAAAGAAAAAGAAACAGCAAUAAAUUUAUGAGACUCUCGCUGCUCGAAUCGGCGUCGUCGUCUCGGUCCCGCGGGCUCCGUGAAACGAGCCUUUGUCAAGGUGUAUUAACGUCGUCUCGUCGAACACGGAGAUCUGGAGGACGAACUUGAAGAUGUCCAGCCGAUCGUUACACUUAAGACGUUUCGUCUACUUUUAAGUUACGCUCCGAUCUUAUGUCGUCCUUCUCGAUCGAAUCGCAUCGCGAACGUCAGUGUCCCCUCCCACGUAGCGCUCUCUUCCCAUGUUGCUUUUUCAAGUGUUUCGUUUGCGUUUUCGUCGACGCUUGUUCAUCGCCAAAAUUCAUGUGUUGACGUCGAACGGAAAAUCGUUCGACUCGAUGGAGAAGACAACGUUACGGAUGACGCUUCAGUCGUAACUCUUGUUGAAUCUAUCGUCACCGUUCAACAAUUGAUUACUGUCGAUCCUUCCUACGACGUAAGAAUUUUUACCUUUCCCUGCGAUCGAACACGGAUUUCGUCGGUGAACGUCAAACAGUUAUCUGACGACGAGAACGAUUACGUAAACUAGUUUUCGCAUUAAUAACGACUUCGGUAUCGAACUUCGUGUCCAACUGAUUAUCCGUGCAAACUAGUUUCCGGCGAAACGAUUUCAUUCACGGAUCUACCCCGCCGAUCGGAAUACGUUCGAACGGCACCGCAAAGAAUCGAGUUUAACUUCUUCGUUGUCAAACAGUUGUUAGUUUCGUCGGUAUUUCGUAGUUCGCCGCGACAGUGAAAUCUUGCUAAAAAUAUUCAUACUCUCCCUCGGUGGCGCGUACUGUUUUAAAGGAAUUCAUUCGGCGUUCCUUUUACAUGGUAUCGCGCGCGUCGGUGUUAUUCCGAUGUGCACGCCGAAAAAUAUUAUCGCAUUGUUUUCGCGCGAAACACGAAGGAAUUUCUAUCUUUUUUUUUUUAUUAUUUCCCUUUGCGCUUCGCAUGGAGUACCAGUGUUUGUGUUCGGAGAAUAGCUGCGUACGCUAGUAUUUGUUUGUUCGCCUUGUUUUCUAUGUUACCACUACUGCGCGAGUUUGCAGAUUUUUAAACAUUGCACAGCUGUACCCCGCUCUUAAUCGUUGCAGAGUACAAAAUAGAAAAACGUUUACGUUCCAUAAAAUAUUGUAGCCGUAGAGUAUAGCCGUUGUCAAAAGCUUGUUGUCAGUCCUCGAAACGUUCGUUCGAAAAUCCGCUAAUGAGUAAUACACGACUUGUUCUGCACGAUAAAUAGAAAUUCUGUUCUGUAUCGAUAAAUAGAAAUUCUGAGAAACUCUGAGCAGCUGUGACGAUUCGAUUCUUCCAGGACGAACAUAUUCGCAACGGUAAAGCUUCGCAAGACGAAGACGAACGAUCGCUCGGCGCCGGCGUUGUCAUGAGAUAAACUCUUCAU